UUGUGGGUGGAAAUGGAAAUUUUGCAUUCUAGCUGGCUACAUAUGAGAAAGUAUCAUAUUCAAUGGGGAUAGCUUUCUGAAUGGAUUAAAAUCCACAACCUCACGGCUCUCGUUUCUUUGUGGCACUAACAGACGAACCCAAGAGAAGCAUCAUCAACAAUGGCCUCUGCAACUCAACCCAAGUCCCUGUCUUUCCUCUUCUUCCUCCUCCUCCUUGUGAUCCCCCUCAAUUUCCCUUUGAUGACGAAGACAUUGGUAGAAUCAGCCUCUGAUGACCCAGCACCAGCAGCAUGGCCCCACCAAUUCCACUCUGUCCUGUUCAUGAACAACAGCAAGGGAGCUUUGCAAAUCGUGGACCUCUGGUACGACUGGCCCAAAGGCCGAAACUUCAACAUAAUCCAGAGCCAGCUGGGGAAGCUAACCUACGACCUGGAGUGGGACAAUGGCACCUCCUUCAUCUACACCUUGGACGCCAACAAAGAAUGCAAGACCCUGCAUUUCCCUGUUGGCAUUCUCCGGCCCAACUGGCUUGAUGGUGCUACUUAUCUGGGUCAGCGCCACGUGGAUGGUUUCCUGUGUAAUGUGUGGGAGAAGGUUGACUUCAUCUGGUACUAUGAAGAUGUCCUCACUAAGAGACCUGUCCACUGGGUCUUCUACACAGGGUUUAAUGCUCAUGUGAUGACAUUUGAGGUGGGAGCUGUGCUUGAGGAUGCCAAGUGGGAGGCUCCUGUUUACUGUUUUGGGGAGGAGGCUGAGGCAGAAAGGAGCAGGAGCUCUGUGCUUGAAUCUAUGGCAAGUCAUCAUUCUCAUGGGAGUUUGAUGAGAGCUGGUUUUCGUGCAACCUGAAUGCCAUUAGAAUUAGCCAAUGGCCAUUUCUCUGGAGAAAGCUGGUUUUCUUGUGACAUGUUUGAAAUAGCUUUUGAGAUGUAGCAAAGUGAUUCUCGUUUAUAAUUUUAGUUGGCAUUCUAGCAAACACUUGCAAUAUGAUAUGUUUCGCAUGUGAA